GAUCAACGUCACGUAGCAGCACCGGAAACAUAUCCAGAUAGCUUACCAUCAAGAACACAACCUCACCACCGAGCCCUGGCCUUAUUAUUUUGACAUGGAGUCUACACUUGAACAGCAUCUUGACGACACCAUGAAAAAUCCGGCCAUUGUUGGCGUUCUCUGUACGGAUCAACAAGGACACAAUCUAGGGUGCAGAGGUUCAUUAUCAGAUGAGCAUGGUGGUGUGGUUUCUGUGCUGGCACGGCAAGCAGCCACACUCACACGAGACCCAACUGACCUGACCCCCACCGUGUGUCUUGAAUCUGACUCGGGAAAUAUCUUGAUACGGCCGCAUGGAACAAUCACAGUAGCUGUUCACAAGAUUGCAUCCUGAAGCCACUAUACUUUCGAUUCCUUAUUUAUUGUUUUCCCAUCAUUUACAGGCUGUAUUGCAAAAGUCGUUGCAGUCUAAUGGUUUACUGGCAUCCUAAAUUCUCAAUAUGCAAUAUGAGGAUGACAUGGGAACACACUGGCGAAAACUAAUGAAUGUGAAAAAUAAACAUUUUAGCAACUCAACAUCAGUAUCACAAAGCUGAGAAUAAUGAUUAGCCUAGUGCUACUAUCUAACAUGGGCUGAAGUUUAUUUUAAAUUAAUAUGAGAAUAAUGCUUUAAGGCCUAAACUGCCAUGGAAGACAUUAACUUUACUUUUAUGCUUACUUUUUAUGAAACCCUUUUUCAUAAUAUAUUUCCUGGUUGGUCACAUCUCUCUGUUGAUAUAUAUUCAAAAUUCAAACAUAUUCAGUCAAUAAAAUGUAUUUUAACCAAUAA